AAUAACGGGUAUUAUUCAAUUCAUCAACAUCUAGUCAUCUACACACAGAUGCAGACAGAUUCUCUCUCCACCGUCCUGGGUCAGAUUCCACUCAGAUCCAACGUCCUUAUCCGUAAACUAUAUUUAAGAAAAGAAAAAAGAAAAAGAAAAAGAAAAAAAAGCAAAAAGCGCUUAAAAGCGAAAUAAAUAUAAUCAGCCACGCCUUCGCCACGUCCACAAUCUUAUCCAUUUCCCCCACCUCCUUCCCUAUCUAACCCCAAAUCUAGAGAGAGAAACCACUACCUUCCGAUCUAAAUAUCUUUCUCUCUCUAUCACCGCGAAAAAAUCAAGCAAAAAUCGUUCCUAAAUGGCCGCAACACUUUCCUCAUUCCGCAUCCCCACCGUCGCCUCCGCCGCUCUCCCCCACCCACAGAAGCCGGAUCCGAACCGCAAAUCCAACAACUGGUGGGCCCCGAUCCUCGGCUGGUCCGCCGAGCCCGACUACAUUACCAAUCGCAGCGCCGAUUCCGCCGCCGAAUCGUGCCCGGCCUCGACCGACAAGAGCCUCUUCCGCGGCUGCUUCACGGAGCAGAAGGCGAAGGAGCUGCGGAAGAAGACGAUCGAAACGACGACGUUCCACGACAUUAUGUACCACUCGGCGAUCGCCUCCCGUCUCGCCUCCGAUCUGUCCGGCCGCCGCGAGGAUCGUUGAAUCUGACUCCCUCCUGCGGCUUAGCUCCCGCAAUCGUAAGAAUCAAUCUGUCGACUAUAUCUGUUUCUGCUUUUGUUUUUCAAUAACAAAAAUGUAAUAAUCUGGUGGAUUUUUUUCUUUUUCUUUUUUAUGUACGCUUAUUCGGUGCUUUAUUUUAAUCGGUACCGUUUGAUGCUUGGAUCCAUAGGGGAUUUGUUAAAUCCCAUAUUGUAACAUUUUGGUUUGGUUUGGUUGUAAUGGAUCUCAUUUUUGUUGAUGACAAGUCAUCUUUCAAA